GCGCCAUUUGUGUGGCCCCGGGGCCUGCCAUACCUUCAUUGAUCGCCCGAGCUCCGUGCGUCCACGUAACUGCGCCGGAGGCUUUAAAAGCGGAGCUCAGCGUGGGAGUGGACGCAGUUCAGGAGCAUCAGCAGACACAGAAGGGCCAAAGCGUUUCGCUAUUUAUCAGAACUCGGUAUGUUGGACUAGGAAUUGGGAUGGAACCGGUUUUUAUCGGUUUCUUCUAAAGAUUAACGAGUCCCUCCUUCUGGGCUGGAUAAUCAGCAUUUGUUUGGCCCGGGCAAUUCUCUGAAGUGGGACGAACACGUUAAACACGUAAAAUGAACAAUAGAGAUCGCUGGAAGGUGUACAAGGGCAUGAGCGUCAUGUGCUUCCUGGCUGUGGUGGCGCUGACUGUAGUCCAGAGAGGGAGCAUCAACAUCGGGGCUCCCUUCGUGCUCAGUAGGCAAGCUCGCAUGGAUGGCUUUGGGGGAGUGGAGCCGGAGGCUGCGCUGGAUAAGAAAAGAACUCCAUCCUUCUGGAAGGUUGGCAAACAGCAGUCUAAAGUGAAAGUUUCAGCCCGCAGACAGCAGCCCAUAGACAACGAGCAGAGCAGACACAGGACAUGGGAUGUAACCAGCUCCAACUGCAGCGCCAACCUCAACCUCACCAGACAGAGCUGGUUCACCAGCCUGGGGGACAACUUCAAGCAGUUCAUGCUCUACCGACACUGCCGCUACUUCCCCAUAACCUUCAAUCACCCAGAGAAGUGCAACGGGGAGGUGUAUUUACUCAUGGUCAUUAAAUCUGUUGCCACCCAGCACGACCGCAGAGAAGUCAUACGGAAAACUUGGGGCAAGGAGCAGGUGGUGGAUGGGAAGAAGAUAAAAACGCUCUUCCUGCUUGGGAAGCCCCUCAACGAGGCAGAGAGAGCAAAUCACCAGAAGCUGGUGGAGUACGAGGACUACAUCUAUGGAGACAUCCUCCAGUGGGACUUCUUGGAUAGCUUCUUCAACCUCACCCUCAAGGAGACUCACUUCCUCAAGUGGUUCAACAUUUACUGCCCCAGUGUGCGCUUCGUCUUCAAGGGGGACGACGACGUCUUCGUCAACGUGAAGAACAUCGUCGAGUACCUAGAUAGCAGCAGCCAGGAAAAGAACCUGUUUGUGGGCGACGUGAUAUUCAACGCCAGGCCCAUUCGUCGAAAAGAAAAUAAAUACUACGUCCCUGAGGCCCUGUAUAAUAAAAACGCCUACCCUCCAUAUGCGGGCGGAGGGGGCUUUCUGAUGGACGGGGCCCUGGCCAGGAGGCUUCACUGGGUCGCCGGCACCCUGGAGCUCUACCCCAUUGACGACGUCUUCUUGGGCAUGUGUCUGGAAGCGCUCCAGGUCACACCCGUUAAACACAACGCCUUCAAGACAUUCGGCCUGGUGAGAGAUCAGAACAGCAGGUUGAACCGAGAACCGUGUUUCUUCAAGAGCAUGAUUGUGGUUCACAAGUUGCUGCCGUCGGACCUGAUCCACAUGUGGAAUCUGAUCAACGGGGAGCUGGUUUGUGCUCAGAGAGUGGAGCUGCUAUAGCUCCAUGGGGAGAAAUAGCAAAACGCCUGAAGGCAGCACAAUGAAGCUGAGCGAGAACAGAGCAGAGCAUGAGAGUCCGUUUCCUGUAAGCUCUCCUUUAUGUGGAGAGGGCAAUGGAUCGGUUUAGAUCCAUGUAAAUGAUACAGAUUUACAGUAGUGACCGUAUAAAGGCCUGACAUGGAUAGCAUGCCACCAUAGAGGCUGUAACCAAAGUUAAACCACUGCAUCAGCAUACAUGCUAGGGACCGUGCCUUGAUCUAUGUGCAUUUUAUUUGAAUACAUAACAUGUUGCUCUGAUGCACAUUCUUUUGCGCCGUUCCUCUUUUUCCAUGUUUGUGGUUGACAAUACUGUCGUUCUUGUUUCAGCUUUAACCUGGAUUUUUUUUUUUUUUUUUUAAACCACAUCUGUCACUGAAUCAUUAGCGAUAGCAAAUGUCACAAUGUGAGUAUAAUCUUUUGGGAGGGAAAGUGGUUUUCCUGAAACUAGUUUAAUCUAAUAAGGAUAUAAAUGUAAUUUGCAUCAGCGUGAGCUAUUAGAAGCUCGGGUUUAACAGUGGUUGCAGCUGUAAAUUGUACCAAUGUGGCUCAUAUGGCUUAAAGCAAGAGAAAGAAACAACUGGCUCUACCUCAGUAAUCCAUUUCCACAUCUGUGGCCUUUAGCUGUCACAAUAAUAAUAAUCUGCAUGCAGAGCGCGAGGCCCGGGUCCCUUGUUGUACCAUAGCAAACCUUGCACUCGUUGUUUAGGUGAGUAAACAUGGACUUCUCCUACUUAGAAACUACUGAAACCCACAAAAGAUGUUUCGUGUUUAGUGUCUGUAGAUGUGAAUGUACUGAUAUACUUGACUUGAAAUUCGCAGAGGGUUUACAAUGAGACUGUGAUCUGAAUCUAUUGCUGGUACAAACCUUUGACAUGUUCGUUUUUAUCAUUCCCCAGUUAAAUGGGGGGCAUGUUAGUGGGAUCUUUAAUCAGCAACAUUGUAGGAUUAGUGGGUGCUGAUCAUGUCGGGGGUCAUGGUCAUUUAAAUAAAUGUAAAUAUAGAAUAUGUGUGUCUUUUGUAAAUAAACUUCUUAAAACUUG